UGGAACUUUUCUGACUUAGGGGAUUCCGAGUCAUGUGGGUGUGGGAGCUGACUCAGCACACUGUGCGCCAAUCUGAGUCAGCGACUCAGCGCAGCCAACGUUUGUCAUCAAACAUCAUCUCCAGUAGACUUCCAGGGCUCGUUAUUUAACCUGCGAUUCGAGCAGGACGAUUCACGAGACGACAGGAGUAUGCAUGCUGUCUCUUGGCCAGCGGAGGAUAGCGGUAUCUGCAUGCGCUCGCCCAUGCUUACACUCAUUCACUACAAAUACGACAAGCUCGUCUAACACUGUUUUGUCGAUACCAUCCAUAUCCCGAAACUAUUGGAAUAAUCGAAGUAGAGGUGGACAAAAUCUUACUGAACGCUACCGCAGACUAGAAAAUACUCUCCGGGGGGAAAAUGCUCUCAUGAAGCAGAUAUCCGAGAUUUCUCAGGAUGCAUCCAAGGCCAGGGCGCCUCCAUUGCUAUCCUCCUCGCCCUAUGGUGCUCAAAAUAUUCCCAAUACCAUCGCGGGCUUUGUGAUCCCCAAGGAACCCAUACCACCUUCAGAUGAAGAAUGUUGCAUGUCAGGAUGUGCAAUUUGUGUCUAUGACCUUUACGAAGAAUCUCUGGAAGCUUACAAAGAGUCGAUUGUGACCUUGCGCUCAUCGCUUUCCGCUCUUUCAAUACCAGAAUCCGAGUGGCCAGACCACGUUCGAACCAAUACACCAGCUACACAAAAGAGGCACGAUAUCGUCCUCAAUGCGUUCGAAGAAAUGGAGCGUCAGUUGAGGGAGAAGAAGGAGCGGAGAGCUGCAGUUGAAGCGGAGAGUUAGUUUGCGGCUACUAGCUGGGGCUAGCCACUACUAACAUUCGGCUUCUGAUAGAAAGGACGAGAGGAGAAUUAGUCUCAGAUGAUACGGAGAUGUCUCCUAUAAACAUUCAGAUGUUGUAUGAAGGCAUCAGGUGGUUAUUAUUCCCAAAACGUUGACUAGUACCAUCACUAGUGGGAGAUCACUCAUAUGUUCCGUGUCUGAUUCGCCUACGCACGACGUCAAUAUUAUUACUAUUUGCACUGU